AUAUAUAUACAUCGAUAAAAAUCCCUGUCGAUAGUCACUGGUCAUCAACCAAAAUUGGAGAAAACAUCCGACGCUGCUCUUUGAAGAGAUUUUCACGCCAACAUCUCUGUCGCGCUUAACGGAAACGGAAACCCAUCGGAAUAGCCGUGGUGUGUGUAGCUCAGCAUGGAAGUGCAGACCGCUCUGGUGCUGACGAUUCAGCUGAUAGCGCUGUUUUCGAUAGCGGGCGCUUUGCUACUGUAUCUGCUGUGCAAGGUGCGAGGAACUCGGGACGAUGCUACCGGAACGCAGAAGGGCUCGAUACUGAUCACCUGUGCGGACACCGCGCUGGGACUGCAGAUCUGCACAUUCUUCGCCAGUAAAGGACACCGGGUGUUCGCGGGCAUGAAGGACCCGGUGGAGUCGUUACCCGCGAAAUUGCUACGCGGUUGGAUGAAGAUGCGUGAAAACUCCGACACACCAGUCAGCGGUUCGGUCGUGCCGAUGAAAAUCGACGUUACGCGGGAAGACGUGCUGCGUGAGGCGGCCGAAUCGAUGGGCGCUCAUCUGAAUGCUGGCGAGCGGGGCAUACUGGCCGUGAUCAACACGGCUGGAUCGGUGUACCGUGGGCGCAUCGACUCGCAGGACUCGCUGCAGUGGGAGAACAUGUUCAAGAACAACGUGAUGGGGUGUCUGAGGACGGCGCGCGCUUUCAUCGGACUGUUGCGACCGACACGGGGCCGCCUGAUUCUGCUCGGCUCCGGUAACGAUGAUGAUGGGCUGACCGUGUUUAUGGCCACACGGAAUGCGGUGCAGGGAUGUGCCGAUGCUCUGCGCAAGGAGCUGAGACCGUACGGCGUUAAUGUUGUGACACUGGACUCGCGGGGUGUUCCGGCUGAGUCGCUGUUUAAGGCACCGGUUCCAUACACCAUCUCCGAUGAGGAAGGUGUCCCAACGCAGUACAGUGCGGACGUGCUGACCAGCUCGGCUUUGGGCGUAAUUGAGCGGGCCCUGUAUGACAGCCGCCCCAGUGAGACCUACUGUCUUUCGGUGCCAAACAGCAAGUUCCAGAUGAAGCUGCCCUGCCGGUCAUCGUUGAAGAUUUCCGCCAGCCGCACAGACUCGAAGCCCAUACAGAGUGUCUGAAAGUCCGACGAACCGGGUAGCUCGGAGCACAGACAGAUUUCAGAACUUCUUUGUGCCUAUUCGUGUGUCUAAUUUUCGUUUUGCUAAGUGCUGUUUGUACGAACGUGUCAUCCUGAAACACAUACUCGUUGGUGGCUAUCGUUGUUUCACACGAUUGGCAACGGUUUCGGCUGGGUUAGAGCGCCAAGGCUAGCUUGCUGUUUUGUUCGGAACGGUUCGCUGCUUCCCGAAUCGCUGACAAAUGCGAUAUUCUCCCUCCUCCUCCCUCCCACCCACUCCCCUCCUCCAAUCCCUGUGUAAAGUUUGUUUAUUUUAAGCAAAUGAUAUGAUUGUUUUAGUGUAAAAUACAUACAGAAAUAAAUGAAGUACUUUAUUUCGU